AUGAGCGCCUCAAACCCCGCCGCUCCAAUGGCUACCCACAACAACAGUCACCAAGUCGAAAAGACAGGAUGGCCCAUCCAGACAGCAAAAGAGAUCAGUACGGACACUGGACCAUCGUUCGAUGCCGCCGCCUUGGAUCAGAACUUCGCAGCCGCAGCACUCGCUGAGGACUUUGAUUUUGCAACCGCAGAUUUUGGAACUCUUCCCGACCUCUUCACAAUGGAAGGCCAGCCGACGGAAAACAACCACAGCCACAACAACCACAUGAUUAUCAGCAACAACAACCAUUUCGACGGUGACUACGACGAGGCCCGUACAGCAAAGACUCCCGGCUGGAGCUUCGGUCACGGCAACGCCGACAACAUGUCCUACCAAACCGCUGUCCAUGCCAACGAGGGCUACCAGUCUUACGGCGGCCAGAUACCUUUUCAGCCAUCCUCUGACGCAUAUGGAGUCCAGACCCCCUAUGUCAACCGCAACUCAUUCUCCCCACGUUACGAGUCGCCUACCGACAACUACGACCGUGUCCCUGAGCACAGCUUCAACAUUGACGACAGCACAAGGACCGCCGAGGACUUUGUCCCGCCCGAGAGUCCUCUGGCUGCCAACUUUGCCGCUUCGACCGUAGCCCUUCCUACCACCAAGCCAGGCUCUGCCAAGAAGACAACCAACAAGGUGCCCAAGAAGACCCCCGCCCCUCGUACCAAGAGCUUGGCCAAGUCGAAGUCAAAGGCCCCCUUGAUUGAGGAUGACAGUGGCGCAGAUGACGACGAAGAAGGACGCAAGGUUGUUCCAACUACUCGUCCCAAGGGAAAGGGUAAGGCGGUUGUGGUCGAAGAAGAUGAUGCCGGUGACAACGAAGAAGAAGCACCCAAGUCUCGCGCCUCAACUCUUUCCAAGGGCAAGGAAAGAGCCAGACCGUUCGUGACCGCCGAUGAUGGUGAAGACGAGGAUGAGGACGAAGAUGGCGACAGUCGCAUGAAGACUGCGCUAACUGCUGCCUCGGCCAAAAAGGGAAAGGGACGCAAGCGUCCCGCCGCCGGCCAGGCGCCUGUCGGCGCGCCAUCGAAGAAGCCCAAGUCCAGCACUCCCAGAAAGUCUUCCCUGAAGAAGACCACAACAGGCGCACAGAACACCAUGGGACACCAGCGCAAACGCGGAGCUGCCAAAAACGGAGUAAUUGUCAGCACCAAACCCAUCCCCAACAGCUUUGAGGACUGUAGCGAAGGUGACAAGGUGCUGAUCACCACUCGCGAUGCUGGCGGUUCUUGGGCCGAGUGCAAGGCCGCCUACUUCAAGGCCACUGGCAUCCAGCACGGCAACUCUACCCUUCCCAACCGUUACGAAAGACUCAAGACUGCAUUCAUCGACAUGCGUGACGAAGAUAACCUCCACCUUUUCGACGCCAAGAAGAACAUCGAAGAAGAGUUCAACAAAACCAAGUGGGCCAUGAUCUCCAAGGCCAUCGAGGACAAGUCUGGCAGCCGCAUUGAUCCCAUGGACCUCAAGCGCCGCUUCAAGCAGUUGAUGGAGAAGACCGGCUUCGCCGUCGACGAAGGUUUCGCUCGCAAGGACGUCGACUUCAUAGGAGAAGGCGAUGACUUCGAGGAAGAUGUCGACGUUGAGGAUACCCCCGAGCCCUCUCGCAAGUUGCCCAACAUCGAAUGGGAUCCCUCUUAUGAGGAUGAGGAGGACGCUGUCGGUGGUGCUGAGCUGGAACACUACGACGGCAACGAAGAUGCUAGAGACUUUGAUGACUCCCACUUCGAAGACUCUCGUUUCGACGACACCCACUUCGAUGACUCCCGCUUCGACGACUCUCACUUCGACGACUCUCGUUUCGAGCAGUACGGCGAGCAGUAUGGCGAGCAGUAUGGCCAGCAGUAUGGCGAGCAGGAUCAGGAGCAGAUGGAUGUCGACGAUGACGAUGAGGAGGCUGACCGCGGUCCCGCCUGGUAG